ACCCAUUCAAAUUGCAUUGCGAGGACGGAGGAGGCUGUGAUGGCAGCGUUGGAGACGGAAGUGCUUUCCUCGGCUGCAGUGCCUGCAGAUUUGGACUGGCUCGAGAAGUCAGAGGAAACUCAUGCUCCAGAGAUGGAACUACUUAAGACUAUCUCUGUCCAAGGACCUCCCUACCCUUCCGAGUCCUUUUGCCCCAGAGUCUGCAUGGUGCCAGUGGUGUUUCCUGGGCCUGUGAGCCAAGAAGGCUGCUGUCAGUUUACUUGCGAACUUCUAAAGCAUAUUAUGUACCAACGCCAGCAACUCCCUCUGCCCUAUGAACAGCUUAAGCACUUCUACCGAAAACAACCUCCCCAGGCAGAGGACAUAGUGAGGAAAAAGCCUCGAACCAAUGCUGAGACGAGCAGCAGGAAAUGCCAACAAGCCCUGGCAGAAUUGGAGAGUGUCCUCAGCCACCUAGAGGGCUUCUUUGCCCGGACACUAGUACCUCGAGUGCUGAUCCUUCUUGGGGGCAGUGCCCUAAGUCCCAAGGAGUUCUAUGAGCUUGACUUGACCCAGCUGGCCCCCGACAGCAGAGACCAGAGCCUGAGCACAGCAGCUUGUCUGCGCCAUCUCUUCCGAGCCAUUUUCAUGGCUGACGCCUUCAGUGAACUGCAGGCUCCUCCACUCAUGGGCACCAUCAUUAUGGCACAGGGGCAUCGCGAAUGUGGAGAAGACUGGUUUCGACCCAAGCUCAACUACCGAGCGCCCAGCCGGGGCCACAAACUGACCGUGACCCUGUCCUGCGGUAGACCUUCCAUCCCAACCACGGCCUGGGAGGAUUAUAUCUGGUUCCAGGCACCAGUGAUGCUUAAAGGCUUCCAUGAGUAAAUAAGGGUGCUUCUUAAUCAUGAAAACACUGGCUGAAUUAUCUUUCUCCAUGUGGCACCCAAGUCACCCAUCUCUUGCUUGGAGCUGGAGCUGCUUCUCAGCAAGGGAGGGAGGAAGGCUUGAUCCUUCUGGCUGCCUGCCUCCCCUCCUCAGACUGCCUGGUGGGUGGAUGGUGUGGCUUGGCUGUAAUAAUCUUCAUUGCACAACAUCUUUUUGAAUCACAGGGUUAAUUUUCCCAGGGGGUGCUGGAUCAGGCAUUUAUUUGGGGUUGGAAAGAACACAUGAGCCCAUGGAUACUCAGUAGCCCUCUUCUCCUCAUUGUGGCCUCUCAGAUUUUUUAGCAGUGACAUAAUGUGGUGUGACUCAUAAAUUUAAAUAUAAAAUGAAUGAAUUCCUAUUAAAUUUUAUUAAGCCAUAUUAAAUCAGAGGCCUAAAGAGACUUUCUGGCUUUGAGGCUAGAGUAUUUUGUCUUUCUUCUUGGCCUUUUCUGCUUCAGGGCUUCCAGGAAUUUAUUUAUUUUACUAAUGGUUCUUUCUCUUCAGCAGCCUCAGGCCAGUCUGGGAAGUUAGACUUGGUCAAGGUCCUGUAGCUGAUUUGGAUAGCAGAGCUGAACUAAAGUCCUCUUCACCAACUUUCUUUCCUUGCUGCAUACUAAGGGUUGUUAUAACCCCUAGAUUCUGUCUUUCCAAAGCAGACAAAGGUUUUACUCACCAAAACCUUUGAUGUGGGCAAAAUUCCAGGCCACUUAGUGAGACCACAGUGAUUUAGGGCAACAGUCUGGCCCAGUGUGCUGAAAGAAUGGUGAGAAGGGAGGCGCUCCACACAAGCCUAACUCUCAGAGAGCAGGAGCUACAGCCCUGUUCAUUAGCAAUGGUCUGCCGUGGCCCUGGGUGCCUCGGGUGACUGCUGCAACACUUCAGUCCUUGUUAAGGCAACCACUGAUUAAAAUACAUGGCAUGUGCCAGGCAUGGGAAUCUGAGGUUGGAGGGUGAGGCCCAUUCUUUCCCUCAGAUUGAGAAGCAAAUGUCAGGGGAAUGGGGAUCUGGGAGACCCAGCUGAAAGAGGGCUGGUAAAAGUAAAAUGGGAGGAUCUUUGCAAGGCCUAAUUGAACUGUGGGCUGAGGGCCCCAAGACUGCCUUGUGGGGUCAGUUCCCCAAGGCCAAAUGUCCCUUUAGUAGUUCUGCCAAGCCUGUCUCCAUUGUGGUUGUCUGCGGCUGCUGGCAGUUCCUGUUGGCAAUAUUGUCUUUAAGCAAACUCUGCCCUCCUGCCUGUGGCAGUUUCUCCUUAGCUACAUCUCUGACUUGGCCAUCCUGAUCCUUCUCUUGUCUCUGACUUGAUGCUAUCCUGACCACCAAGUGUUGAAGCUCCCUUUGUCCCUGGGGAAGGAGAGUACCUCAUUUCUUCGAAGCCAGAUGAAGACACUGAAUCCUCACCCUGCUGGUGUUGGAGAUAUGAGCGUGCAUGUGUGUGGAUAUAAAGGCAAUAGUACAUACAUUGCAAGAUUGUUAGGAUUAGAUAAGAUAAUGUAUGUAAAGUACUUAAAUGUAUUUCAUUUUAUACUAAGUUUUAAGCACUUUGCAUACAUUAUAUAAGUUUAACAAACUUGUGAUAUAGGUAUUAUUAUUAUCCCCAUUUUAUAGAUGAGGCUUUAGGAGGUUGAGCAACAUGCCUAAGUGGUGAAACCUAGAUUCAAACCCAGUCAGUCUGGCUCCAGAGGCUGCUUUACACUGUGCUGCACAUCUUGCAUAGUUUUACUCUGAAGUAAUUAAAUAGUAUCUUCCCUGAUAAAGGUGGUAGCACUGGGAAGCUGUAGGACUCCUCUCUGACUUCAGAUUCUGAUAAUUGACGAAUUUGCGGGUAAUAGGUGCUGAGUAAAUAUUGACUAAUGAAAACAAAAGGUUUUGAUUCAUUUUUGUGCUGUGACCACCUGGAACAUAUUCCACCAGCCAGAAUUUUGGCUACCUUUCUGUGUGGUGUUAUCUUACAGAUGAGGAACAGAGUCCUGUUUCCCUCUUAGGGAAGGGACAGGGCUGAGACAUCUGACUAAAGGGAGCAGGGGAGCUUUGAACUAGGGUGUUAUACAUUGUUUAGAAAGAGAAGACACAGUAAGUCAAGUCAGCUCCCUCAAAUACUUAUUUUAAAAGCCUUCAUACCAAUGCCUUGACAAUCAAAACAAACUAAUUAUCUGGGUAAUUUAAAACAUUCCUCCAUAAGCUUGGCAUUGGAGCCCU